CGCGGACCAACACGCCGGUGGGACCAGCGCUGGGGACCCGCGCACUUAGUUGUUUGCAGGACUCUUUGGAUUUAGUGCCUUUAAUAACUGAAGCCGUCCAAGGUCGUGCAUAUAUUUUAACACACAAUGCUUCUUAAAUAUGUGGCACCCGUUUGCGAAUGUUGCAUAAAACGAAUCGAGGACUGCUUGCCUUGCUGUUGAUGGUGUUGGAGUGGACCCGGCCCGGCCUGCCGUCCCCGCUGAGGCCCAUCUGUGACCUCAGGGUCCUGAACCAUUUCAUUAAAGAAGCACAAGACGCAGAAGUCGCUAUGAAGUCAUGUCGAGAAGGAUGUAGCCUGUUAGAGUCUGUCACUGUUCCCCAAACCAGAGUCGACUUUGAUGUCUGGGAGAAGCUAAAUGGAUUAGAGCAAGCCCAGGAGGUGCAGUCGGGCUUAUGGCUCCUGCAACAGGCCCUCAGCUUGCUCCGGACCUCCGUCACCAACGCAGCGCUGCACAGCCACAUAGACAACUCCAUCAGAAACCUGCUCAGCAUCAACGCCGUGCUGCGCAGCCUCAACAUCCCGGAAUACAGCCCACCGACGAGUGCAGCGGGGCUCGAGGGAACGUGGACGGCGGCCUCUGCAACCGAUUUGCUUCAAGUCCACGUCAACUUCCUGCGAGGCAAAGUGCGCCUCCUCCUGCUGGACGCACAGGCCUGCCAGCAGGACGUCAGCUGAUCGCUGAUCUCACCAAGCCUCUCUCCCGGCGUCGGAGCUCGUUUGUGACAAGAGGAGGGACUCGACACUGUUGGACCUGCGGAAAGAAAGAAGGAGGACGCGGUCCCUCCGCUCGAAAAGGGGGAAUACCCGGGGAAAAAAGGAGAGGACAGUCCCAGCCGGGCUUUCGGAUGGACGGGAGAUGAUUGCACCUUGGAAGGUCGACGUGAGACACGGACACGGUGACGCGCACACUGACCAAAACGAGGCCUGUGGGAAGCACCGCUCCCAUCGCUGGUCUACUGGCACUCUCUUGCACUUUGUGUGUGGAUGUUCUUCUGUGUGUGUGUGUGUGUGUGUGUGUGUGUUAAUGCUGCACGUUUUGAUAUGUAUGCAGUGCGUGCAUGUGUGUAUGUCUGACCCCUACACUCACCUCUUUGAAGUGAAUCGUGGAGUUAAACACCCAGAAAAUAUUGAUCGCACCUGGAAAUCAGAGCACUGGGGGGUUGCGACAGGGGCGCCGUUUUCCACGACCGCUGCCAAAAGGCAAAGGUCGAAUGAGGCCUCAUCCCACGAAGCCUUUGCAACUAUCUGCUCUUGAAUAUUUUUAUAUAUUUGUACAAGUUGUGCAAUUGCUAUUUAUACAGGUUUUCUACUUUUAAGCUCCAGUCUUAGUGUUUUUUAGUGUCUGAUCUUUAAGGUUUCACCAUGUUCUCAGCCAUGCACACAGCCAUCCGCCUUCUGCCGUGUGUGCCAUGUAUCCAACUAUGAGAACCAAAGCAAUAAGAAGUCGGGUCACAGUGAAGCAGAGGUCGCAGGAGGUGGUCGGGGGGGGGGGGGAUCGCGUGAGACUUCGUUAUCUGUGUUUUGGUUGUUUGCCGAACCGACACUCGGCCAGGAGUCUCCACGCUGAUAGCCAGACUGACCGGACAAAGGGCCGUUUGCUGUAAUUGCAAAUUCUUUUCCAGGAUCUGACGUUGAAACCUUUUACUUGUUCGUCGUCAAACAGCAGGCCGGCAAUUAGUCAGUCACGGGAACUCGAGGCUUUCCAGACGACUGAUGCUCAACUCCUGUGAAGAGUUCUUCCUUGUUGUUUCCCGUAUUAUUAUUUAAUCUUGUUGUGAAAGCACAAGAUGCUAAGUGUGUUUGUACAUGUUGUCCUUCCUGUUAUUUGUGUUGUCACUGUAUUAUUUGCUAUUUAAAUACAAAAUAUUAUUCUUGGAUAAAGAAAAGGAUGGAAACACGA